UAAGAAAUGGCCUUGGUUUUGCUUCUCUCUGGGAUGGCCACCACCACAUAGGAUCUGAAUGUCCUGCUGCUUCCUGGGAACAGAAAGAAGACCCUUUAUUUGUCUGUUUCAGUGGCAGUUUGGUAGUAAAAAAACUGUUGAAUGGGCCACAAUUUCAGCAGAACAUCGCGUGAGUGGGACCAGUCUCUCCUCUUCCGGAAUAUCAGAAAUUAAGCACUUGGAAAGGAGAUUUGGCCAAGAUGACCCACUUACAGGCUGGACUCAGCCCAGAGACUAUAGAGAAAGCUCGCCUGGAACUGAAUGAAAACCCAGAUGUUUUACACCAGGAUAUUCAGCAAGUCAGGGACAUGAUCAUCACCAGGCCUGACAUUGGAUUUUUACGCACAGAUGAUGCCUUCAUCCUGAGAUUUCUCCGAGCCAGGAAGUUUCACCAAGCAGAUGCCUUUAGACUCCUGGCCCAGUACUUCCAGUACCGCCAGCUAAACCUGGACAUGUUCAAAAACUUCAAGGCUGAUGACCCCGGCAUUAAGAGGGCCCUCAUCGAUGGGUUCCCCGGAGUGCUGGAAAACCGCGAUCACUACGGCAGGAAGAUCCUUCUGCUGUUUGCAGCCAAUUGGGAUCAGAGUAGGAACUCCUUUACAGACAUCCUCCGGGCCAUCCUGCUGUCACUGGAAGUCCUUAUUGAAGAUCCGGAGCUUCAGAUAAAUGGUUUCAUUUUAAUUAUAGACUGGAGUAAUUUUUCCUUCAAACAAGCCUCCAAACUGACACCUUCAAUCCUCAAACUGGCCAUUGAAGGGUUGCAGGACAGCUUUCCUGCCCGCUUCGGAGGAGUCCAUUUUGUCAACCAGCCCUGGUACAUCCAUGCCCUGUACACGCUCAUCAAGCCCUUCCUUAAAGACAAGACCAGGAAACGGAUUUUCCUGCAUGGAAACAACUUAAACAGCCUCCACCAGCUAAUACAUCCUGAAUUUUUGCCAUCUGAAUUUGGAGGAACCCUUCCUCCUUAUGACAUGGGAACUUGGGCCCGGACGUUACUCGGUCCUGACUACAGUGAUGAAAAUGACUAUACUCACACUUCCUAUAAUGCGAUGCAUGUGAAACACACAUCCUCCAAGCUGGAGAGAGAGUCCUCACCCAAGCCGAUGAAGAGAUCUCAGUCUGUGGUAGAAGCUGGGACCCUGAAACAUGAGGACAAGGGAGAGAAUGAGAACACUCAGCCACUCCUGGCUCUGGACUGA